AUGGCGGUACAAAUCACCCUCGAAAUCCCACUCGAUGUCGCCUGGGCCAUUCGGGACAUCGACUACGAUCUGGAACGCAUCGACGGAGACGUAGAACUCACUUUGGGACGAAUCACGACCGAUAUCAUUGAGGCUAUCAAGGCACUUCCUCAGGCUAAUAUACCGCGUCCUGAUACACGUUUCUCGUCGUCGACAUCAGCAUCAGCAUCAUUACGAGAAAUCUCCGAGACGGCCUCUUUUUCUUCCUCUUCACAUUCUUUCUCACGAAUAGACUCCUCCUCCUCCUCCUCCUCCCAGUGGCCCAAUAGUCUUCGAUCAUCUUCAUCCACAUCAUCUUCCACGACCUCCAACAACAACAACAUCCAAUCUUUACUCAAAUACGAAACUACAUCGGACGAAGACGACAAGAACAGCCUCCUCCUCCUCCCCCUCCAACACUUCCCCGAAUUCGACCUCUACAUCGAAAACGAAUUCGGCUCUCACCACCACACUCUCGCAACGGGAGACAUGACCAUUGCAGAUUUGGAACUUGUGUUAGGUCCCCUCUGCGGCUUUGAACCCACCUGGCAGAGUUUACUAUGGCGUGGCUAUCGAAUAAAUCGGCCUUGUGCGACACUUUUCAUGUAUGGUAUUCAUCGGUAUCCGUAUAUGGAAAUCCGAAGACGUUCACCGCCGGAAUUUGAGCAGCAGCUACAAGAACAAGAACAAGGACAAGAACAAGAUUAUCAUCAACGCCAACAGAAGAGUACCGCGGCGACAGCAGCAGCAGCAGCAGCAGCGAUUAUGCUCCAAGAACCCCAGCCUCCAUUAUUGCCACCGCGUUGA